AUGGGCUUUUCAGACUGUUUAAUACGGGAAUUGUCUCCUCAACAACUCACUGUGUUCGAGAAGAUAUACAAAGUACUUCACAAUGACGAGACCAUCGGAAGAGGUAUUGACAUUAUGAACGAGCGACUCGAACAAUCCAAUUUCAAGGAAAUUUUCUUGAGUAGUCAUUCAGGUUUUAUAUCCUAUUUACUGUGUUGCCCUCGCUUAGAAGAGUGGACCGACUACUCCAUCGCUGUCGUCACCAUAUUAGAUGAUUUGUUCCAAGACAAAUUUGUCGCCGAGAGUUCCAUAGUGAAGGAUUCACAAUUAAUCUCCUCACUCACUGAUGCAAUUGACUCUUCUUUUGCCAUGUCAAAUGCACAGAGUCAGCAAUUAAUCAGAUUUAUUGCAAAUUUCAUCGGCGAAAAUUCCGAAUAUGCUUCUUCUUUCAAUCAAUUAAUAGUUCCUCUUAUGAAUUUAGUGGAGCCUUCCAACCAGAGUCACUUACUCGCCGCUUCUGCGAUCACCAAUAUCAUCCAGCCGUCGAAUGCAAGAGGACAAAUUGUGUUUUUGAAGGCGCGUGGUAUUGAAAAGGCGGUCCAAAUGUUGUCAUCGACGGACAGUGAGGAGAACCUGAUGGGUAUCAAAUUGCUCUAUCAGUUAUUGAUUCAACCGGAUGAACGCGCAAGGACGGUGUUUGUCAAGAAGAUGUUUGAGCAAGAGAGCUUUUUAACGACAUUGACUCAACUCAUUUCACGGUCUGAGGGCCUUCUUGCGGAGCUUUUAGUGACUGUAGUGUAUACCCUGACAUUAGUCCGAGGAAAUGAAAUGAAGUUUGAGGAGAGUGGGUUGAUCUUUGAGUUAUUUGAGUUUAUGGACUAUCCAUAUAAUGAGCGAACGACCCCUGCGACGUUCUCGUGGGCGGUCAAUGCGCUCUUUUCGAUACUUUUUGAGAAGCGGUUGUACCCUCAGAUGAAGAUGAUAGGGCUUGGGAGUCGGUUGACGACAUUACUUGAGAAUUACAAGCAAUUUAAUCCCCAAAUAGUUGGGUCGAUUAUUGGGAUUAUUCGCUAUUUAGUCUCCUAUGAACCGAUGCAAAUGGAAUUUGUUGUGUUAAAUUGUGUGCAGAAGAUGGAGGACAUAUCGAAGGACGGCGAAGUCGAUAAACAGACGCGAAUGAUUGCGACGUCGAUUGCACAAUUGUUGAACAACGACAAGAACAUGAAGAUGUGGGAGGAGAUCAAGGAGAAAAUGAAGAACAACAACGAAGAGUCGAAAUUGCUCGCACAAGCGAAACAAGCGCAAGAGGAACAAAAGACGGAAGAGAAGACGCCAAGAGCGACGAGUCAGAACCCACGAGACUUGUUCAAAACGGUUGGCCACAAGACUGGAAAGCGGUUGAGUAUGAUUGGGAAUAAAGUGAAGGUGCCGACGACACAGACGCAUGAGAAGAAGGUUGUGAAGUCCAAUCGCAUGUCUGUGAGUGAUUUGAAGAUGCUUUUGAAUAAUCCAAAUAACGAUGAGGAGCAGAUGAAAAUCUUGUCUGAGUUCAACUUGAAGAAGGCGAAGAGGUUUCAUAUCAUCCAAGAGAUGUACACGACGGAGAAGACGUAUGUGGAGUCGAUGAAACAGUGUCUGGACAAGAUGUACCCGUUUAUUAAAGAAACCCUUCCAAAUGACGUCACCACGAUCUUCUCCAACUUCGCUGAGGUCUACGACGUCCACACAAAACUCUUUGACAAAAUUUCGGACCGCUGGCUUUCACAGAAAGAAGAGGCUUUUGUUUCUGUGGCAGACAUUUUCAUCGACUUUUUCCAAUUGAAAGAAGUGUACACGGUGUAUGCAAGAUACUUGGUCGAGGCGGACGACGGAAUUCAAUUCAACUUUGCGGACAAGGGCCCGGAGGUGAAGGCACAGUUAUCGAAGUGGGCUGGAGAGUGUUUAAUUCUCCCCAAUUUCCUUAUUCUGCCUGUCCAACGGUUCCCGCGGUAUGUGAUGUUGUUGGAAUCAUUGCUGAAGGCAACGCCACCAAUUGAAGAGUACGACUACUUGAAAGAGGCGCUUCAGGAUGGAAGGGACUUGACGAUGAAAUUGAAUGCCGCUAAAAAGGUUAUUCAAGACAAAAAGUUCUUGGAUCACUAUAACACCGUUGUGACUGACAUCGAGAAGAACGAGAACAGACAAUUCAUUAAGGAAGGGACACUAACAGUAAAGGAGAAAUCAAAGGUGGUGUAUCAAUGCGUGUUGAUGUCCGACGGUCUCUUUGUGCUCCAACCGGACAAGAAAGACAAGAAAAUUUUCCACAUCAAAUUCUUCUGUAAGAAGGGAGAAGCACGUCUUGUUGAGUGGAAGAAGAAAUUGCCGAAGGACGUCACAGCUAUCAUCUGCUUUGCUUUGCCAGAAGGAAAGAAAGAAAAGAACAUUCAAAUCAUCUUCGAGUUUGGGUCGGACUUUGAGGGGUGGUCAUCGUCUAUUAAUUCGCUCUUCAUGUGUUAA